AUGGGUGGGAAGGGUAAAGUUGUCGUGGUCGGGCAUGUUUCUCGAACGUUCAAGUGGUGCCAAAAACCGCUAACAAUAUCAAAUAGCGCCGGCGUAGCCGGCCUAACGACAGCCCUCAUUCUCUCAAAACGUGGCCAUUCCGUGGCUGUCGUGGCGAAACACAUGCCGGGGGACUACGACAUAGACUAUACCUCUCCAUGGGCGGGAGCAAACUACUAUCCGUAUGGCACAAUACCCCUCCCGCCCUGAAUCCUUACGGUAGCUAAGAGAGCAUAGAAUAUCAACCCCGGGCACCCGCGAAGCGGAAUGGGACCGGGUUACCUUUGCAGAGCUCUACAGAUUGGCUGCCCAAGUCCCGGAGGCUGGGGUUCACUUUCAAGACGCGAUAAUCUACCGACGGGAGAAGGACUCCCGGAGCGUUACGGCGGAUUGGUUUUCCGAAUUGCUGAAGGAGAGGCCCUGGUUUGCCAGUGCUGUCCCAGAGGUGCUGUGCAAUGGCCUAAACCGGGCAGAGUGAGCUAAUGCAUGCAGUUCCGAACAAUCCCGAAAUCGGAUCUCCCACCAGGCGUUGACUUUGGCACGAGGUGGAAGUCAAUGUGUAUUAACACAGCGAUAUACCUCCCGUAUUUGCUAUCCCAAUGCCUCAAGCGGCAGGUAACAUUCUGCCGUGGUGCAUUAACGCACAUUCGCGAUGCCGUCAACUUUCAUCCCACAUCCUCCUCGGACAUAGUAGUCGUAAACUGCACGGGCCUAGGCUCUUCUACCCUCGGUGGCGUCGCCGACUCGAGGGUAACCCCAGUACGCGGACAAACAGUUCUAGUCCGCAACAUCGCGCCCGCCAUGAUUGUAGUUUCGGGCACAGACGACGGCGACGAUGAGGUGAUGUACAUUAUGACUCGUGCGGCUGGUGGCGGCACUGUGUUGGGGGGAACGUAUCAGAAGGGGAAUUGGAGUUCUGUUCCGGAUAAAUCAACUGCUGAGAGGAUUAUGAAGAGGGCGGUGGAGUGGUGUCCGGAGUUGGUGAGUAAGGGGGAGGGAGUUGAAGGGUUGGACGUUGUAAGACAUGGAGUGGGCUUGAGGCCGUUCAGGGAGGGCGGGGCCAGGGUUGAGAGGGAGGCCAUUGGGGGGGUCAGGGUUGUGCAUAAUUACGGGGCGGGGAGUUUUGGUUGUAUGUCAUUUCCUCACCACUUGCGGUUUUUUUGAGCUGCGGAUGCUGACGGUGGUGAUGGCGGUGGUGAUAGAUCAAGCGAGUUACGGAAUGACUGAGGAGGCCGUGAAGUUGGUGGAGGAAAGUCUUGGGGAGGAGGUAAAGGCAAGGCUGUAGGUUAAAGGGUUCAAGCAAGAUGAAACAAUUAAUCCAAAUGGAUGAUCCGGUGUCAUCAUACAAG